CCUCCGCCAUGUUGUUUUGCUUCGUUGUCAAGCUCACGCGCACGCGCGCACCCAGUGUUCCUCACGCCCACCCGAGUGGACCGUCGCAGGAUUCCGGCGUUCAAAGUGAACGCUUGAAGAGUGAACUCGUGAAAAGCGACCGCGUUGCGGAGUGAACGAGCCAAGUGCACCAGCGAGGCGUUACUCAUCCGGUGACUGAGUGGGUUUUGCCAUGGCCACCUUCCCCGAGUACAUCGCCCAGAACGAGGAGCGCGACGGCGUCCGCUUCAGCUGGAACGUGUGGCCGUCCAGCCGUCUGGAAGCCACGCGCAUGGUGGUGCCCGUCGCCGCCCUCUUCACGCCACUCAAGGAGCAACCCGACCUGCCGCCCAUCCAGUACGAGCCCGUGCUCUGCAGCCGCGCCACCUGCCGCGCCGUGCUCAACCCGCUCUGCCAAGUGGACUACCGGGCCAAGCUGUGGGCUUGCAACUUCUGCUACCAGAGGAACCAGUUCCCGCCGUCCUAUUCGGGAAUCUCGGAGGUGAACCAGCCCGCCGAGCUGCUGCCUCAGUUCUCCACCAUCGAGUACGUGGUCCAGCGCGGGCCGCAGAUGCCGCUGGUCUUCCUGUACGUGGUGGACACGUGCAUGGAGGAGGAGGACCUGCAGGCGCUGAAGGAGUCGCUGCAGAUGUCCUUGUCGCUGCUUCCGCCCACCGCUCUGGUGGGUCUCAUCACCUUCGGCCGCAUCGUCCACGUUCACGAGCUGGGCUGCGAGGGCAUCUCCAAGAGUUACGUCUUCAAAGGGACCAAAGACCUCAGCGCCAAGCAGCUGCAGGAGAUGCUGGGUCUGGCCAAACCGGCGGCCGCCUCCCAAGGACGAGGAUCUCAGCCCCCCCAACAGCCGCAGUACAACAGGUUCCUGCAGCCUGUCCAGAAGGUGGACAUGAACCUGACUGACCUGCUGGGGGAGCUGCAGCGCGACUCCUGGCCCGUGGUCCAGGGUAAGAGGCCCCUGCGCUCCCUGGGCGUGGCCAUGUCCAUCGCCGUCGGCCUGCUGGAGUGCACCUUCCCCAACACGGGCGCGCGCAUCAUGACCUUCAUCGGGGGUCCGGCCACGCAAGGUCCCGGCAUGGUGGUGGGAGACGAGCUCAAGAUCCCCAUCAGGUCUUGGCACGACAUCGAAAAGGACAACGCCAAGUUCAUGAAGAAGGCCGCCAAGCAUUACGAGGCGCUGGCGAGCCGGGCGUCCGCCAGCGGUCACGUGAUAGACAUCUACGCCUGUGCGCUGGACCAGACCGGACUCCUGGAGAUGAAGUGCUGUGCCAGCAAUACGGGCGGCUACAUGGUGAUGGCCGACUCGUUCAACACGUCGCUGUUCAAGCAAACCUUCCAGAGAGUUUUCUCCAAAGAUAUUCAAGGCUCCUUCAAGAUGGCCUUCGCCGCCACGCUGGAAGUCAAGACCUCCAGGGAGCUGAAGGUGUCGGGAGCCAUCGGGCCCUGCGUGUCGCUCAACGCCAAAGGACCCUGCGUCUCCGAAAAUGAGAUCGGCAGCGGCGGGACGUGCCAGUGGAAGAUGUGCGGUUUGGACCCCGGCACCACGCUGGCGCUCUACUUUGAGGUGGUCAAUCAGCACAACGCCCCCAUCCCUCAAGGCGGCCGUGGGGCUCUGCAGUUUGUCACGCAGUACCAGCACGCGUCGGGCCAGAGACGCAUACGCGUCACCACCAUUGCCAGGAACUGGGCGGACGCGCAGACGCAGAUCCAAAGCAUCGCCGCAUCCUUCGAUCAGGAGGCGGCGGCCAUCUUGAUGGCCCGGCUGGCGGUGCAGCGCGCCGAGACGGAGGAGGGGCCCGACGUGCUCAGGUGGUUGGACAGGCAGCUCAUCAGACUGUGUCAGAAGUUUGGCGAUUACCACAAAGACGAUCCCAACUCCUUCAGGUUCUCCGAGACGUUCUCGCUGUACCCUCAGUUUAUGUUCCACCUGCGGCGCUCGCCCUUCCUGCAGGUGUUCAACAACAGUCCGGACGAGAGCUCGUACUACCGUCACCAGUUCAACCGGCAUGAGCUGACGCAGGCGCUGAUCAUGAUCCAGCCCGUCCUCUACGCGUACUCCUUCCAGGGACCGCCCGAGCCGGUGUUGUUGGACAGCAGCAGCAUUCUUCCAGAUCGCAUCCUGCUCAUGGACACUUUCUUCCAAAUCCUCAUCUACCACGGAGAGACGGUGUCCCAGUGGAGGAAAGCAGGCUACCAGGAGAUGGCCGAGUACGAGAACUUCCGGCACCUUCUUCAGGCUCCGGUGGACGACGCCCAGGAGCUGCUGCACUCGCGCUUCCCCAUGCCCCGAUACAUCGACACGGAGCACGGCGGCAGCCAGGCUCGCUUUCUGCUGUCCAAAGUCAACCCCUCGCAGACGCACAACAACAUGUACGCUUGGGGACAGGAGUCGGGCGCGCCCAUCCUGACGGAUGACGUCAGCCUGCAGGUCUUCAUGGACCACCUGAAGAAGCUGGCCGUGUCCAGCGCCGCCUAGCGUGUCCUCGUUGUAUUGCGCCUGCUGCCUGAAACGCUGACGCCUCGCAACAUCUUCUCGUUUGAUUGACGCGGGAUCAAAUGUUUGUAGCCCCCCCGACCUGUGGCCACUCUCUUUGUUCGAAUAAACGUUUUGCAACCUUCUUGGGUCCUGAUCAAUCUUGGCAAACUUUCAUGGCUUCACGGGCCCAAAUUAAGCUUUUAUUUCCCUCCUAUUUGGAGAAAAAGGGAAACGGAUUCACAGGUCUGUGCUCGUAGGUCGACUCUGGCGGUGAGCAGGUGACUCCCUCUUGUGGCACGGAGGACCCGAGAACAAUCUUGCUUCAGCUCCGAAAAAUGAAAUGCGGCUUGUUGUGUUGGGUCUGUCUCAGUGACAGACUGAGGCUGCUGUUCUCUUCUUCUCUGAUCAAAACAGUGUCUCCCCCUAGCGGAUAUUCCACAAAUCUCACCCUAUUAAAAAAUAUUCAUUCCGUG